GGUCGAAUCGCCCGCCCGUCCCGCGGCCGUUUUGCCUGCCUAUAAAUAGUCCGGCAAAGGUCCUCCCCUUGGACCAUCAAGACACAGACCAGAGUCCACAGCAGAGCACCACUACUACUACCACCAGUGGCAACCCUGACAAGGCUCUAGCAGCUUCGCUAAAGAUGGCUGGGCUACUCUCUGUCAAGGCCAUCGCGCUCGCCGCCGUGCUUGCUGCCGCGUAUGUCUCUUGCGCCGCCGCUGAGCAGCCGGGGGCGGCGGACCUCGACGCCUCCGCCGUGUCUUACAGCUCCGCGUGGCUUCCGGCCAGAGCGACCUGGUACGGAGCGCCCAACGGCGCCGGGCCGGACGACAACGGCGGCGCGUGCGGCUUCAAGCACGUGAACCAGUACCCGUUCUCCUCCAUGACCUCCUGCGGUAACCAGCCCCUGUUCAAGGACGGCAAGGGCUGCGGCUCCUGCUACCAGAUACGGUGCACAGGCGACAAAUCCUGCUCCGGAAAGAUCGAGACGGUGAUGAUCACCGACAUGAACUACUACCCCGUGGCCCAGUACCACUUCGACCUGAGCGGCACGGCCUUCGGCGCGCUGGCCAAGUCGGGCCUCAACGAGAAGCUCCGCCACUCGGGCAUCAUCGACAUCCAGUUCCGGAGGGUGCCCUGCAACUUCCCCGGCCUCAAGAUCAACUUCCACGUGGUGGACGGCUCUAACGCGGUGUACCUGGCGGUGCUGAUCGAGUACGAGGACAUGGACGGCGACGUGAUCCAGGUGGACAUGAAGGAGGCCAAGUCGGGGUCGUGGAUGGCCAUGCGCGAGUCCUGGGGAUCCAUCUGGCGGAUGGACUCCAACCACCGCCUCCAGGGGCCCUUCUCCAUGCGCAUCACCAGCGACUCCGGCAAGAAGCUGGUGGCCAACGAUGUCAUCCCGGCCAACUGGAGGCCCAACACCGACUACCGCUCCUUCGUCCAGUUCAGCUGAUCCGACCGACCCAUGGGCAGCCACGUGCGCCUGCAUCAUGCAUGCAUGCGCUCUGGCCCCUCUGCUGCCUACGGAUUAAUCACUCGGCCGAUCGAAAUCAUUUGCCUUAUUUUAUUUUUGUAUUUUGCGUGGGAUCAAGGAGCUUGAGAUGCCGUCUGUCUGGUGUCAUAUGUGGGGUCGUCGUCUAGCGUCUUGAGCAUGUGUGGGAAAUGCAGGAGGCAUAGUUUGCAUGUGCUCUCCCGCCCACUGACUCUGUGUACCAUACAUGAGAUGACACUACCUGUGUGUAACCAAAUCCAAGUUAUAAAUUAUAUACGUACAGUUUUUUCUACUACUUA